GUUAAAGGACUGGGCGGUGGCUACAGAAAAUCCAACAAUAUAUCAUAAAAUCCAUGGGGACCAGUACAAAGCGAGAGGAAGCAUGUGCAAGGUGUCGUGCCAAGAGAGGACCCAAUGACUUUGUGUUGACAGCAGAAGUGUUCGGGAUACAGCAGGUCUUUUCAGCAAUCCUACCGUUCCACAUCAGCAAGCAAAGGAGGACGUGGAUCAUCGAGAAAGAUGUUUUUUAUGGCCGGGGCCAAAAAUAAUGCAGGACGAAAUGAAAGGAGCAGCAAGUCAAUCUACCAGAAAUUCCGUCGGGUAGAUUUGUUGGACAAGAAGAAGACGGUGACGGCUCUGAGGCCCGGUGAAGAUCGAGCCAUUUUCCUGGGACUGGGAAUGAUCCUCUCUUCAGUGAUGAUGUACUUUGUCCUGGGGGUCACUAUGUUACGCUCCUAUGCAGACAGUGUGUGGACAGAGGAAGGUGUGUGUGUUAUACUGAACUCCACGAUCACAGCAGACAUGAACUGUUCCUACAACUGUGGGUCAGAGUGCUGGAGAGACUCCAAAUACCCCUGCCUGCAGGUCUACGUGAGCGUCAAUAACACGGGCCGUGUCAGCCGUUUAUCUCACAAUGAGGAGACACAGGACACCAGCUCUGAAUGUUUCUACGUGCCAAGGUGCCUGAAAGACAGCGUCGCCAUGCAUGUCAUGAUCAUGAACAUCUCAGAGCGUCUGAAGGUGAACCAGCAGGUCACGUGUUACUACGACCCCAGCGAGCAGCAGGAGAACGUUAUCCUGAUGCGGCUGUACGACCAGACCGUCGUCUUCCACUCGCUGCUCUGGCCCUCCAGCAUGCUCAUUGGAGGGGCCCUCGUCAUCGUCAUGGUGAAGCUCACACAGUACCUCUCCAGACUGUGCGAAGAGAUAGGGAAGAUCAAGAGAUGAAAUGCAAUGCAGCAGCUGUCAAAGCCAAGCAUAUGGGGGCUGGUGAUGGACAUAUGACAUGGGAUUAGUGCACCUUCUUCAGAUGAUAUCAGCUCAUUCAAUGGCCGUCAUCAGUGGCUGAGAGUCAGUAUCAGUGUAAAUAUCUGGGUCAGAAGGGGCUUGACCUGGAAACCCAUCGUCCAUUGUUGUGACAAUGAUGAGUCUCUCAGGGCAACGACCAACUUCCCUCAGGUUUCCGGUGUAGCCAGUGAAUAUCCAGGCCAUGAUUUUCUUCUUCUGUGUGCCAAUUGUUUACAGGCUGAUUUGCAAUUUGUGAUGCGAUAUUGAAGUUAGAUUUCAGAGACGACAUCUAAGAUUGGAUUUAUCCACAAGCUAAUUUUAAAUUAAUUUAAGCUAAAUUGUUGCGAAAUGGUAGCCAAUCGAUUCUGAGAUUGCAUUCCGACCAAUGUGUUCCCCCUAUUUUGCUUCACACAGACUUCCUGCAUCAAUCCAAAGCUUCCUUAAGCGGGUUUUGCCCAUUAUACCUGGACUUCAUGCGCAAACCAGAACUCAUCCAAUACCAAAUUCUUGUCCAAUGCUGCAGAUUUAUAAUAAUCAAUAAUAAUAAUCCAUUUUAUUUAUAAGCGCACUUUUCAUUUGCGUAAACAAACUCAAAGUGCUACAGAGUAAAAAGGGUGAAACAAAACAACAAAAACAAUUAAAACAACAGAAUAAAAGCAGUGACAUUUAUGCCGGCAUGGCAAAAUGUGGGGGUUAUAGGAUUUCAUAAUCUCUUUUUAGAGACUAGGUUCUGAACAAGAUUAUUGUCUUUUCAAACAGUAGCUCACCGAUACAGGAACAAAAAGGUGGUGACCUCUAGCGGCACUUAUAAUGACGACGGAACAACGUUCGGUCCCGCAAAACCAUUGACUGUAAAUAGAAAGUGGUUAUAGUCACCAAUUGGUUUGGGAACUGGGUUAUUUCUAAGUUCAGCAUUUUGGUUGUCACCAUAUUGUUUUUUUUGGAAGAAAAUACAAGAAACAAUAUUUGGACGAAACUGAGACUGACAUUUGUAGGUGACCAAAAUUGUUAAAACUUGUAUUAAAACAGAGAAGGAGAAGGAGUUGAAGUUGUAAAACGAAAACAUGGAGUAUACUUAAACAACCAAAUUACAAUUGGGACCAUAAACUCAUUAUAUUUACUCAGAUAAUUACUCAGAUGAGAUGAAAGGGUAUUUCCUCAUAGGCAAUAUGAGUCACCCUUGCUAGCUAUUGAAAAAAGAAAUGAAGAUUUAAGAAGCUUCCGUAAUGUCUUCACUUUUCAGAACUGGGGGUUUUUCGCUCGGUGAAAACUAAAAUAUGAGAUAUGUUUACUGAAGUAUUCUAUUGUAACAACAACGUAGGCAUACUUAUUGUAUCUUAUUAAACCAUAAUCUUAUACCUAAAUCUUACCACACUGUAAUUAUGCAAAGAUCUAAAUAAUUUUAAGUAAAACUUAACAAAACUGCAACCCUUUCAUAAUGUUUUAUAUGAAGCUUCUGGGCUAGGCAAAUAAUGGGAGCAGUUUGUCCCUUCUGAAGCAAUAGAGUGAAAAUGAAAACAACUGAAUAGGCCAUUUGAUGGCUUGAUAGCACUCAUAAAAGGUAAUUGUUUAAACCCAACAACCUUGCUGUGGCCUCUUACAAGCUUCCUCAGGUUCAGACAUUUGGGAGAGCUGACUAUUUGUCUGGAACGAGGAUGUGACUGUUUAUAAAUGUGAAGUGAAUGUUUCAAGGCGGAAACUGUCAACAAAAACACUGCAUUUUGAAUGGUUUUUAAGCAUUAUGAAGGGUUUUAUGGAUAUUUGUUCACAAGAGUUCUUUAAAUGUGUAAAAAUUGUAUGUUCUA